AUGAGGAUCCGGAAACGACAAGUUCCUCUUCCUCUUUCGUCUCUAUUACCUGUUCCUCUAUCAGAUCUCUACUUUAACCGCUCACCUACGGCCACCACCUCUCCAUACUUUUGCGGCCAAGACAGAGACGGUGCUCUUGCUUCUCUUCUUCAGCUUCCACCACCACCGUCGCCGGUUACUGAUCGGCUGAUCCAAAGAGAUGUGAAUAGGAAGAAUGAGAAGAAAUCUUUGGAUGAUGAUGAUGAUGAUGUAGACGUGAAGAGUAGUACUGAUGCAUCUGGCAGCAAGAACGUUAAUCGCCAAGGAGAAUCCGAAUCUUCAACACAAGUUGUCGAGAAGAAUGAAAAGGGUGUUACUCUGAGGAAGAGAAGAAGCUUUAUAAGCUUCGAGGAACAAGGAGAUGAUGAGGAAGAAGAAGAAGAAGCUAAUAAUGGUAAAAAAGGGAAGAAGAGAGGCAAAAAGAACGGUGCCUUAGAGGAAGGUUCACGGUGCAGCCGCGUUAACGGUAGAGGCUGGAGAUGUUGUCAGCAAACUCUUUACGGGUAUUCUCUUUGUGAGCAUCAUCUUGGUAAAGGAAGAGUAAGGAGCAUGAACAAAAGUGCAGGCCGUCGUGGCGGCGAGAAAAAGGCGGUGGUGAUGGAAGUGAAGAAGAAGAAAGCUAAGCUUGGGAUGGUAAAGGCGCGUUCCAUGAGUAGUUUGCUUGGAGAAACCAGCACAAGUAGUGGUAUUGCUGAUGUUGUGGUUGAUGCUGAGAAUGAGAUAAGUGCACGUGCUGAUGAGUUUGCUGAUUAUGAUAAGUAAGUCUGUAGAUCAGCAUUUGCAGAGUUGUAUGUAUAUGUUUAUGUACAUGAUGAUAAUGGACAUAUCUCUAUGUAUUGUGUGUG